AUGUCGGCUGCGGAGGCGGAACCGAUCGCCGCGCGAAGCAGCGCGAAGGAGGAGAGCGAAGAGAAAGCGGAGGAAAGACGGGGAGUUCUGGGAAGAGACGUGGAGCGGUUGGAAGCGGCAUUUGCGGUGGACUCAACUGUCACUAGCGACAGCGCAGGCGACAAUGCGGGCGACACCGAGGAGCUCGUUCGGCUUCGCGAGGCGCUACGCGGAUUCCGGAUGCCCGCCGAAUGGGAGCCGCACGAUGGGUGUUGGAUGAUCUGGCCCGAGCGUCCCGACAACUGGCGCGACGCAGCGGUGCCAGCUCAGCAGGCGUUCGCGGCGGUGGCGGCGUGCAUCAGCCGAUUCGAACCUGUGCGCAUGCUGGUGUCGGGCGCACAGUGGCGGAACGCGCGGCAGCAGCUGCCGGCGUCAGUGCGCGUGAUAGAGAUGAGCAGCAACGACGCGUGGGCCAGAGACAUAUGCCCCACUUUUGUGGUGAAGGACCUGCCAGGUGGCGAACGACACGUGGCAGCUAUUGAUUGGACCUUCAACGCGUGGGGUGGUGCUGAGAGCGGGUGCUAUGGUGACUGGUCUCAUGAUGACUUGAUUCCUGCCAAGAUGGCGGAGCUCAUACCUACGUGCACGCGCCACCGCACCUCGCUCGUCAUGGAGGGGGGCUCCCUGCACGUGGACGGUGAAGGCACGCUCAUCACCACGGAGCAGUGCCUGCUGCACCACAGCCGCAACCCCGCUCUCUCACGAGCAGCCAUCGAGGACCACCUCUGUGCUCUCCUGGGAAUCUCCACCAUCAUCUGGCUGCCCCGGGGCCUGCAAGGUGCCCCUUCCUCUCACACACCUUUCGACGCCCCUCAGAGUGGUUUUAUAUGCUGUGGGUUCUUGUAG